AUGGGUAGUAUUUGUGCUGAGAUGCAACACGAGUUUCAUCACUCUCACCAGCUUUAUUCCAACAAGAAAAGUAUCGAAAUUCCACCGAGAAAACUCCUUGACCGCCGCUCCACGGCGGCGGCAGUGGAGUUUUUCAUGGAGUCCCCAAAAGCUGAAGCGGCUAUUUCCCGGAGAUUCUUGCCAUAUAACAAUGAUGACGAUGAGGAUGACCCUUACUCAGCCGACGAUUUCAGAAUGUUCGAAUUUAAGGUGCGAAAGUGUAGACGGAGUAGGAGCCACGACUGGAUGGAUUGUCCCUUCGCGCAUCCCGGAGAAAAGGCUCGGCGAAGGGAUCCGAGGAAGUAUAACUAUACUGGAACUGUAUGUGCUGAGUUUCGUAAAGGCUAUUGUGGAAAGGGAGAUCUAUGCGAGUACUCGCAUGGGGUAUUCGAGUCUUGGCUACACCCAACUCGGUAUCGAACCGAGGCGUGUAAAGACGGCAAGAAUUGCCAGCGAAAGGUUUGUUUUUUCGCACACUCUGCCCGUCAGCUUCGCACUCCAUCUUCAGUUUGUAUCGAGAAAUUGCAACACAAUUGCUGUGUUCAUUGUCAUUCGAUUACUAAUUCUCCUACUUCAACUUUACUUUGUAUGUCCAAUUUGUCUCCCCCGGUCUCUCCAGGCCAAAAUUCACCGGUUUUUAUUUCGGCUUCGGCCGGACAACCGAGUUAUAAAGAUGCAAUGAGUGAUUUGAUGAGCUCAUUCAAAGCCAUGAAUGUGAAUGAUUCCUCUCAAGGUAAUUUCCCUUGGAUCGAUGUGAAUUUUUUGUUGGAUGAACAACCUCGGUUCAUUUUAUCUCCUUCGACUUCAUCGAGUACUAAAUUCAUGAAUGGAAAUAGCAAAUUGUUCAUGGAUGGGGAUUUUUGUGCAAGAAAUUUGAUGGAAGACAAUAGCUUGGGUGGACCUGAUCUUGGAUGGGUCAAUGAUCUCUUAACCUAA